CGCGCAGGGCCUUUAGGAGUUGCCGUAGCAGCUGUUUUAGGGAAAUUAGCUUAAACCAGAGUUUGCAAAUUUCCAGCCAGUUUGAAUACAUUGAAACGCUGGUAACAUGAACUCUUAGUUUUACAGAGCAUAUCUAGUUUGCGCCAACAUAUCGUUUCGGGAAGAGCCUUUUACCAAGAACAAACUCUCGCUCAUCGGGAAACUCCUCGAGCAAGUCGUGCGUAAUGGUGUUACUGCUGGAAUACGCUGUAUUCGGAGUCCUGGUGGCAGCAAACUUAUCGGUGGGUCUCUAUUUCUCCUUCCGGAAGAGAGGAUCUUCCACUGGAGGCGGCACCACGAAGGACGAAAUCUUUCUCGGAAAUCGUGCACUCGGUAUUCUUCCCCUUGCGGCUUCGUCGGUGGCCUCUGUCUACUCAUCGCCUGCACUGGUAGCCUUCCCGGCGCACUUCUACGCCUACGGAUGGCAUACCGCGUUGUGCGCACUGACGCCCCUGCUCUGUUUGCCUCUGGCUACACAAGUGAUUGUACCGAUGCUGCAUGGGCUGCAAAUUACGUCAGUGUUUGAGUACAUUCGUUGGCGCUUCAACAGAGCCAUUUCCCUGACGGCCUGUGUCAUCUAUAUUUUUCUUACGCAAAGUAUUGGCGCCAUCUCCAUUUUGGCAGCAUCAGUGAUGCUGGUCACAGUGUUCAACGCUCCCUUGUUAUGGUGCAACAUUGCCAUUGGACUUUCCGGAACAAUUUACACAGCACUGGGAGGCCUUCGUGGAGUGGUGUGGACGGAUUGCAUGCAGUUUAUUAUUAUCUUGGUCGCCCCUACCGCACUGUUUGCAAAGAUCAUGGUGGACUCACUGUCUGCAAACUCAACGGUUCAGCCACUGAGUGAUCUGGACGUCGGCAUGUACAUCGGAGAUUUCAGAUUUGACUUGACCAGCGACGAAACCGUAUGGUCCUGCGUAGUGGGAGCCACAACAUUUGCAAUAUAUCGACUAUGUCUUGACCAAAUGGUUGUACAGCGGAUGAUGGCAUGUGCGUCAGUGAAGCAAGCUCAAAGAACCGUGCUCUCUGGGGCGCUCUUACUUACUCUGCCAUACACUUCGUGCACUUUAUUGGGGAUUGCGAUAACAAUAUGGUACAGAGGAUGUGAUCCAGGGCUGUCAGGUGCCAUAAAGAGGAUUGACCAGAUUCUACCGUACUACAUUAAUACUGAACUUGUAAAUAUACCCGGAUUCGCAGGACUCUUCUUGGCUGGUGUUGUAAGCGCUGCAACAAGCACAAUAUCAUCCGCGAUAAAUUCGCAAGCAGCAAUCCUCUACAUCGACGUCAUCUCUCAAGGAUAUAAAAGAGCAGACGAGCACGUUUUGAUGAUUACACGCACCUCCGCUGUUAUUCUAGGUGUGAUAAUGACAGCGUACAGCUCUCUGGUUGUACACAUGGGAUCUUUAACUAGGAUACUUCUAAUGGUGAACGCAGCAGUCACGGCGCCAUUUGUCGGAUUGUGCAUUUUGGCUGUGUUGUUUCCUUUUGUUCACUGCAAGGGUGCUGGUGUGGCGACACUCUUGAUGCUUGGCUACCAAUUGUGGCACAUGGCUGAAACGCUCAAAAGAGGAACAAGAGCUGCAAGGAUUCCAGUAUCUCUUGAUUACUGCCCUGCAAACUACAAUAGCACAUUUUCACCACUUAACACUACCUCUACAGUGCCAAACCUUGAAUCAGAAGAAACGUUCUUCAUCUUUCGCUUGUCAUACCUCUGGAGCGGUUUCUUCGCUCUCAUCGGAACUAUCCUGAUUGCAGUAUUUAUAAGUGCGGUUACAGGGGAAUUUAAGAACAAAAAGGAGAAAAAACUAUGCAAUGACGCCUUAGUGCGACUUUGGCAGAAGAUCAAGAGUUACGCUUCGAAAGAGCAACCUCACAUUCAAAUAUAUAGCUACGAAGAAAAUUGUCUAUGCAAACCAGAAGGCGAAAGCCUCGUGAUGCAUGAAUGGCCGGCUAGCACGGAGAAGAAAUUGCCGACAAGUUCACCGAAUUCUAGAUUACUUGCUGUAUAG